AUGGUCCACCUCAAGCGGUUUGAGUUUGACUUUGAGCUCCUGCGGCGGAUGAAGGUCAACUCGGUCUUUGAGUUCCCGCUCGACCUCAACCUCAAGGACUGGACCAAGGAGGGCAUCGAGCUGCGCGAGGCACUGGAGAGCGCGCGCGAGGCCAACGAAGACCUCGACGCCAUCCGUGCUUCGCUCGCGCACACGUUCCGGCCUGACGACUACUACCAGUACGAGCUCGCCGGCAUCAUCGUCCACAUGGGCACCGCAGACUCGGGCCACUACUACACCUUUGUCAAGGAGCGGACGGUCGACGGCGAGUGGUUCCGCUUCAACGACACCAACGUUGACCCGUUCAACCCGUCGGACAUCCCAGUCGCUGCCUUUGGCGGCACCGAGUACACCACCUCGUGGGACCCGAACCUCCGCAAGAACGUCCCUCACGUCACUCAAAAGUCGUACUCGGCGUACAUGCUCCUUUACGAGCGGUCGGCCAAGUACGAGUGCGCCGAGCCUGUGAUGGACAAUGACGACGACGAUGGCACCGCCGCCGCCGCCGCCAAGUCUGCUUCCCUCGACGUGGAUCCGCUUGAUGCCGAGGCGGCGGCGGCUGGCCUUGAUCCGGUGGCGGUGGCGCGGGCCGCGGUGCAACCGCUGGAGCCGGCGCCGGUUCUCUCGCGCGACGAAGCGGCCGCACUUGUCCGCGACGACAUUUUCCAAGAAUGCUGGCAGCAGAACAUGACGUUUCUCUCGCAGAAGAACGUGUUUGACCCCAACUUUUUCGAGUUUCUCUCGCAGCUGGUGCACAUGGCGCAGGCCGACGACGCAGCGCCGGCAGACGUGGCGCGGGCGGCGCAGCUCGGGACCGUCUUUGUAGUCGAGGUCCUCCUCCACGCCAAGGACAAGGCGAGCCUCGGCAGCUGGAUGGACGUCCUCACUGCACUCUACACCAAGCAUCUGCCGUCGGCGCGGUGGUUCCUCGCCGAGCUUGUGGUGAACCCGCGAUGGCGGGUGCAGAUUCUGCUCCACUGCACGGUGCCCGAGGCGCGGCGCGCGCUGCGGGCGCUCAUUGUGGCGGCGCUGGAGGCUGUGGCGAGCGAUGAGUUGGAGCGCGGCGUGUUUGGAGCGCCGGGCGUGCCACCCGAACUGGUGGCGGAGCCGAACGCGUCGCGGCUGGCGCAGACCGAGGCCGACGAGGCGUAUCUUGGCGCGGACAUUGCCGGUGACGUGGCGCUCAUGCCGCACGUGCAGGGCAGCGGUUCGCUGGCUGUCCGGUUCUUUGAUGCGCUCCUCCUCCACAUCGGCGAGCUGCCGAUGCACUGGCGCCACUUUGAGCAGUACUUUGAGGUUCUUGCUGCGUUUGUGAGCCUCUCGCCUCUGGCUGCGGCGGCCGCUGCCGAGCGUGAGGUUGUGGGCCGGCUUGUCUCGUUCUUCCUCGAGGACCAGUCGCCGUUCCGCCCGCCGCCUCCCGACGGUGAGAAGGUCCGGCUCAUGGGCGAAAAGUUCCGCCCGCCGGCGCUGGCGGCGAUGGUGGAGACAAUCGACGUGCUUGCAGGCUCUGUGGUGCUCGACGAGGUUGACAGCGAGGAUGCCAUUGUUAAUGCCGGCGGCGGCGACGAGCUGUACCUCUCGGACUUUUCGUACUCGAUGCUGUUCAACGAGCAGUUUGUGACCAAGGCGCUGAUGGACAACGUUGCGACACCGCAGAUCUCCCAGCUGGUGGUGACGCUGUGCAAGGACUCGAUUCCGCGGACCCGCAAGUACACGCAGAUGCUGGUGACCGGCCUCGCAGUGGUCGCGGCCGACGAGGUCGGGCCGUACUACACGCUGCUGGCGGCGAUGGUGGCGAUGGACGACUCAGUGCGUGCCGAGCGCGGCGACAUUGUGAUGUCGGGCCUUGUGGCGGCGAUCGACUCGCAGCUGCCGAUGAUGCACAACGGUUACCUGCUCAUCCGCGGGCUGGUGGCGCUGGCAAGCGCCGAGGCUGGGGUGCGGGGCUGGCUCGCCUCGCACCGCGACGAGUGGGUGGAGAGCUGGCUCAUGGCUGCGCCGUACGAGGCGCAGCGGGCCGAGGCCGAGGCGCUCCUGCUGGUGACGUUGCCUGGCAUUCGCGAGCAGCUUGUGGCUGGCUGGGUCGACGGCGGGUUCGACACGCGUCUGCCCGGCUCUGCGCGCGACCGCAACGGCUCGUACGACGAGGCGCUGCGGUCGGUCAUCUACUCGAUGGGCAUGGACUCUGAAGAUGGCGAAGUCGACUCGGCGGGCUUCUUCCAUCCAGGCGGGGCGAGCGGUGAGCGAGGGCGGCGACUGGCGGCGCGGCCCAACGUGCAGCUCGAGGCGACCAAGCUAGACGCCGAAGCGUUUACUGCGGUGACAGAGACUGUGGGCUACUUGCUGGGCCACCUGGAGACGGCGCGCAAGUACAUGGCGGAGCACUCUGACCCGCUGACCAAGGAUGGGGUUGCCAUCGAGUCUGCGACCAAAAAGUACACCAAGCUUGUGGCGUUCUUUCGGGUCCUGCGGAUGCUCAUGCUCCGCGACGAGGACAAAGCGGCGGUGUUUGGGGUGUGGCCCGAGUUCUGGAAGCUCUUUUGUGACCUCGACGCACUCAACCAGGAGCUCGACGACAACAAGCGCGAGAUGAUUGAGUUCUGGGUGGCUGCUGCUGAAGGCUCGCCACAGCUGCUCGCUGCCAUCGGCAGCGACGCCGAGGUGACGCGGCGGAUGCUGGACAUGUUCAUCUCGCUGCGGCCACUGGAAAAGUUCCUGGUCUACAACCGGCGGUCGCUGCCAUCAUGGUACCGGCUGUUGUGGCUGGUGGCACGGGCGUCGGAGACCUUCCGCAAUGCCAUCAUAUUCCACCACAACUUUGAGUGGUCGAUCAAGAACCUGUACGUCGAGUCGUCGUCGUACGGGCCGGUGGCGUCUGCGCUCUUGUUGACGAUCAAGGAGCUUGCCGGCGAGUCGCCGGCCUUCCGGACCAAGCACAUCCAAGCCACGCUCGAGUCUGGGCGGCUUGUGUCGAACGCGCGGCAGGUGCUGCGGCUGCUGCAGGUGCUCCUGGUGAGCGACGCCGACAUGGCGCUCUUCUGCACCGGCGGCGGGCUGGCGCAGGUCGCCGAGUUUAUCGAGACGCGGCGCGAGGCGUCGGCGUACAUGGACGACAAGGCAUUUACGCCCCUGGCGAUGGCGGUGGGCUUGCUCGACCAGGUCAUGACCUUCCUCGUCUCGCCGGACGCGUCGCAGACCGCGACGCUGGCUGGCAAGGCUGCAGCGACGGUGGCGGCCGAGUGGAAGACGCGGCACAUGGUGCUCUCGCCGCUUGUGAGCGCGCUCUCGUCGUUCCGGCGCGAGGAGACGCGCAACGCGGUGUACUCGAUUGCGCUCAAGGUGGCGGCGUUUGAUCCCGAGCUCUGCGGCGAGGAGCUGGUGCAGAUCCUGUACAACGAGCACGAGUCUGUGGGUGCGCGAGGCUCCGAGUCAGGCCUGCCGGGCUACACCUCGGACGGCGACGACGACUCGCUUGACGGGCAUCCUGUGCAGUUUGAUCGCGGCGGGCGGCUUCUCAUCUCUGCGUCGGCAGGCAACUUUGUGCCGCCGGACGCAGACGCGGUGCGGCGGCUGGGCAAGCUGCCAGGCCCGCUGAUGGUGCAGCUGACGUACCGCGAGACGCGCGACCUGCCGCUGCGGGCGCUCGUGGCGGCCUACUACCGGUUUGUGGGCGAUGCGGUGCGGCAGGUGCUGGAGACGACGGCGUACACGCCGCGGAUCCUGGCGUCGGGCGUGCGGUUGCUGGUAACGGCGGCAAUGGAGACGUCGACGACGCCCGAACUGGUGGCGCCGCUAGCGGCGCAGCUGCUAGAGCUGUGGCGGGCCGAGCCUGAAGUGGCUGUCCACGUCCGAGCCGAGGUGCGGUUCGACGACUGGGCCGAGCUUGUCCUCACCUCACUGCAGGGCGUGUUGGUGGAGUCUAGCGCGCAUGCCCUCCUUGCUGCUGUCCUCCCGGUGGCGGCCCAGCGGUUUGCUGAGCUCCGGUUCUCGCGAAUGAUCAACACCAUCGCCGACAAGCUGGUCAACCUCUGCGCCGACGUGCAGACGUAUGUGCAGGCGCCCAAGAAGGCCAAGAACCUCGAGAGCGCCGGGCGCGAACUGCGCGCGGUCCUCCUUGCCCUCGGAGUCCUUUUUGAGACAAACCCGGUGAUCCGCCCAACCUUCCUCGCCACGUGCACGGCCCAGGCUGAGGCGCAGACGCUCGUGGGCGAAGCGCGCGAGCUCGUCUGCCAGGCGCUGGGGCCCGAGCUGGGAGACGAGCUAGUGGUGAUGCUCGAGCAGGUGGUCCUCGCUGACGAGUAA